GAGAGUAGUAACGUCACGUGUCAUCCAGUGGGUUACCCUACCAUGUCGUGCGUGUGUUCGGCCACCGGCUGUCAGAGCGGUUGGUGUGUUCGGGAGGACAAGAACCCAGUGCUUCCAGUUCCAAUUUGAGGGUCUUCUUAUAUCUCGCUUUCCUCAGGGGUUCAGCCCAGUCAAAGUGAUACAACGUGACGUGAAAUUGCAGGUCCAACAGCACCAACGACAGUAAAAUCGGCGAUGCCGGCAGAGAAAACGAGGCUCCGGACAGCGCGCGCGAUACUGGAGCAAAUGGGGGAGCAAGUAGCGAGCUGCCCUCUGGGGCAAAUCUUAUUCCGAGGCGCCGACCGCCUCUUGUGGACGGUCGAAACAUCUUUGCAGUGGUUCGUGGAAUCCGAGGAACCUCACAAUAAUGAGUCAUCUCUUGACGAGAUGCCUCGGUCCCAACCGGUGCGUCCUCUGCCGUGGGCUUUGUUCCUGCCGUUGCUAAUGUGGCUGCGCCUGGUUAAUUUCGGUGUCAAAAUGGUGGCGUCUCUCAGGGGCACGGUACCUCCACACCCCCUGCAAGUGGUGCAUUUCCUCCGGGUUAGGCGCCGGCGCCUACGCGCUCUGAAGUACCAAGGUCUUCAGAAUUUCUGCAGCUGGCAGCUGGCAGAGAAUAGAAACAAACAGGCUGCAAAUCAGUGUGUAGUACUAAAAGUGUUGUCUGUGGGUCCACUGGGUACACUGUUGGCAUUCACUGGUCUUGGUCGAGUACUCUCAGCUCUGCGUGAUGUCACAUCCGCACAGCUUGUUUGUGAGCGAUAUAAACAAUGCUGGUGCUGUCUACUUCAGACAGGAAAUAUGAAAGCAGUGGCAGAAGAAAGCGAAUCCUCUGAUGAUAUGGAAGAUAUGCUACAAAAGAUAAAUCGCAUAUGCAACAACUACACAAGUGAUGAUGACCCAGACUAUGAGCCGCAUGAAGAAGAGGAAGAUUCUGAUGAUUCACUGUCAAGUGAGGACAAUGAAAAUAAGAUGACUGAGUGUAAGGCAAUAGCAGUUAGUGAAGAUACUGCAGCAGAUGCAAACAGCCAGACAACAGCAAACACAGACUUGAAGCACAAAACUAUAGUGCCCUUUCUAGAAUCAAAUAUGUUGGUCAUAUCGUCUCAAGAUAAAAACCAAAGCAAUGAUGCAAAUCAUCACUCCAUAGUGACAACCUUCAAUGCUGCAGAUCAAGCCAAUGCAGAAACUCCACAUUCAAUCAUGAAGGCAGCAGAGGCCAAAACAACCAAUGAUGUUCCUGCAAGGGAUCAAAAUGAGGAAGUAGAUGACAGCUCAUCUACACUCUCCCUGGAUUCUGCAGAGGGAUAUUCAGAGAGCAUGUCACAGGCUUUCUACAGUUCAGUUAGUAGUUGCUGUGUCACACCAGAGCUGCAGGCCACUGGACCUAUUAUGACACAAACAUCUGAGACCCCUGAAUCUGUUGAAACACACCCAAUGCCUCGAAAAGCAGAAGCAAGCCCCAUGAAAUCAUUGGACAGUUUAGUGUCUUUGCUGGCUUCUGAAAAAAACAGUGAUGGCUCCAGUAUAUCAGGGCCAAAUAUGUGUCUCAAAGAUCUGGAAGAGGACACAAAAGAAAGUAGUACAUUUUCAAAAAUUUUUCAAAUUAAAAGGAAGUCUUGAUUGUAGAAGACUUUCGUUUACCAAAUUAAAAGUCACACACCUACACAUAUUGCAAAAUAAGUAAUGUUUGCACUUGUUUUAAUUUGAAUCUCUUGAUAGGAAAUGUGUGUUGUGGCUGUUUUUAAGAUAACAUAAUUUGCAUGUAUUACAACUUUAUUUUUUCAGUUUUUGUGUUUUUUCAUGUACUUAACUGUGAAUUAAAUGGAAUAGUCUUGCUAACUGAA